AUGUUGGGAGACAAGGCAAGUUCACAAACUCUCCAACCUUCUGCAUCACAAGGGUCGUUUGUGGACCGAUCUUUCUCCUACACCAAUGAUAUCAAAACCAUUGCUGACAUCAUGAUUCUUCAAGAUGUAAGCAUAUUAGUUCCUAUGCUCCAGUUUUUAUCACGACGCAACGUAACCAUUUUUUAUGAUGUUUCCUUCAUUUUUACUCAAUUGCAAGUUUCCAAUCAUAUAACAUGCCAUGUUUAUUUACAACAAGCUUUUUGUAACACUUUUGGAACCACAAAGAGGUUCAAGUCAAGUAGGUGCGGUUGGUACUAUGAGCAGUGUCCAGCAUGUAACAGAACUAAUAAAUUUCCUGGGCAGCCAUUCAUAUGCACAUGUUGUGAAAAUACACCUCCACCACUCACCAAGUAUAAAAUCGAAAUCGAGGUCGAAAAUGAUUGCACGACUGAUUGUUUUGUGUUUUGGGACAAGGAGUGUAUCCAAUAUGUUGGAAUGGCAGCACAUGCUUUAAGAGAAAUCAUGAAAAAGUCCAAUGAAGAUCAUCCAUAA